AUGGAACCAUUUGUUAAUAUAUUUUUUGCGAUAGAUGAGCAACAAAAUGAGACAAUUACAAGAGAUGAAUUGAGACGUUAUGUAAAGCACAAUCAUUUAGAUGAAGGGAUGAUAACGAAAUGGCAAGCAUUAUUUGAUCCAACAAAUACUGGUAUUAUAACAUUUCAAAAAUUUUGUGAUGUCCUCGGUGUAAAACCGGAACAAGCACGUACUCUUCGGAAGAGUGUUGUCAAUAACCGACCACUGCCGAAAGAUUUACAAAUAAUCUCCCAAAAUAUGUCACCAGAAGAUCAAUUCCAAAUAUUUGAAUUUGUUCGAUCACUGUUAGAUAAAAAUUUAUCAGGUCAAGAUAUGACACAAAUGAUAAAACAAUGGCUUGAUAAGACAUUCGACCCUUCAUGGCAUGUUGUUAUAAUCGAUGGUUCAUAUUGGAUAUCGUAUUCACAUUUACCUGAACAAUCUCUACAAUUUCGAUUGAAAGAAAAGUGUUAUUUAGUUUGGCGCACACCUAAAUAUUGA